AACUGUGCAGUGUGUGGCCGCUAGUACUGAAUACAGAUCAGCUAGAUCGGAUCAGCUAUAUAGUACGGGACCAUAAUUGCUGACUGUAUGCCGUUUGAGCCAAAUAUUGUUACAAGCCUAAGCCGUUUGAAUUAUGGCGUCGAUUCCAGUUUGAAACAAUUCGCGAAGGAUUGAGUUGCGGGGCAAACCCCCUCCGGUGUGCCGUUCUAGCGCGUAUUCGGAGUGAGCGGGUGGAACUGCUUUAAAAUAUCGAGCAAUUUAAAGUUACCUUGGUUAAAUGCAAACGUUCACACGACAAAAAAAACAGCGCAUUGCAUUUUCUAUGUCUUUAUGAAUCUAUCGUCCAUUCGGCGCGUGUUUGGUUAGCCAGACUGUGCUUAUUCAACAUAGAAUGUGAAGUUAUAUUUAAAAAAAGAUCCGCGUCUUAUUUCAGCACCCUUCGCCACCGAAAAGAAGGCGCAGUGGGCGGUAACAGGCUGUGGGAAUUAAAAUUCUAACGGAGAUUAGAUUUUUUUUAAACGGAUUAAUUAUUGUAUUGAAUGUCUGCCGAAGUAACUAAUAGCUAGUGAGUUUUCAUUAUUCAUACGAGGUCGACGGUUACAUGUAUGAUUUUUUUUUUCAAGCAAGGAAAUUUAGAAUAGUCCCAUUAUUUAACGGAGUAUGGAGAAGUAUCCAUGUCCGCGCACUCACCAAAUGGUGUCCGAGUUAUCGUCUCUGACUUGGUUGUAAGCCUCUCUGCAAGCCUCUUUAUCGAUUUGGGUUGCCAUUUUUCGUAUAACGUUAGAUAGGAGUCAAAACAGUCGAGGUCGCCGUUGUAUCAGUCCAAACCAGGGAGAGCUAGCUAGCACAGUAUUAAAAAGCAGCUAACUUAUACAGUUGAUGCUAUACAUUAGAGUACUAUAACUGAUAACGGUAUAUGAUAGGCUUCACUCCAAAAUCACGACCACCGCACUGGAACGACUGAGCCGGUAGGAUGUAGCGGAGAGAGACGGCUCUUCUUCUAGCAGCGAGGUUUAUUUCCUGUAUAUCGCUACUUUAUGGGCGUUGGUGAUGCUAGUCGAUCAGGUUGCCAGCAGAGUAGUCCCUCAAACGCUGGAUUCACCUUCUCCCUGUGAAUGGUCAAUGGUAUGAGGGCCUCUGUCAAGGCCCACACAGCGUACGACUACAUUUUCCGAUGAUGCCUGCUUGAGGGAACAUAAUGGACAAUGGCAAACCGAUACGUGUGUUUCGGCCCCAGCGGAUCAGUGAAUCGUCCAAGAUGUUCCACUGGGUGGACCAAGCUGUAGAGGUGUUGCGGGGCCUCGACGAGCAGCGGCAGCACGGCCAGUUCUGCGACGUGGUGCUGGUGGCGGACAACCAGCGGGUUCCCGCUCACCGAGCCCUGUUGGCCGUCUCCAGCCCGUACUUCCACGCCAUGUUCACCCUGGGCAUGAGGGAGCAACGCCAGGAGGAGGUUGAGCUGGUCGGGGUGUCCUACAUCGGUCUGAAUGCUGUUGUUGACUUCCUGUACAGCGGAGAGCUGCCAUUGGAUGGAGGAAAUAUUGACCAUGUGCUGGAAGCUGCCCACCUUCUGCAGGUGUGGCGAGCGGUGGAUUUCUGCUGCCAGUACCUGGAGAGGGAGGUGAGCGAGGACAACUACCUGUACCUGCAGGAGCUGGCCCAGCUCUACAGCCUGGAGCGACUCGACACCUUCAUCGACCGCUUUGUCCUUGCGCGCUUCGCCACGCUCUCCCUCACUCCAGACUUCCUUCGCAGCACCCCGCCACACAAACUCGCGUCCUACCUCUCUAGUGGCCAGGUCCAGUAUGACAGUGAGCAGGAGCUUUUCCAGGCCGCCCUGCGGUGGCUAGGCGAGGCCCCCGAGCGGACGGCCCACGCCACGCAGCUCCUCUCCAACAUCCGCUUCCCCCUGAUGCCGGCGGGGGAGCUGGCGGACCGGGUGCUGCCAGCGCUGCGGGCCCUUCCGACGAAGGAGGCCGGCUGCAAGGCCCUGGUGGAGGAAGCCCUGGGGUACCACGCCAGGCCCAGCGCCCAGCCGCUCCUGCAAACAGGACGCACCACGCUGAGGGGGGGAGCAGAGCGGCUGCUGCUGAUCGGAGGAGAGGUGUCAGAACGUGGCGAGGAGCUGAGCGCCAAUGUUUGCCGGCUGGAUGGUGAAACAGGGAUCUGGGAGGUGGAAACCGAGCUGCCGGCCAAGCGGAGCCACCACUGCCUGGCAGUGCUGGGGGGCUUCAUCUUCGCCGCCGGGGGAAGCUUGUCCAGGGACAACGGCGGAGAUGCCGCCUGCAACCUGCUGUACAGAUAUGACCCCCGCCACAACCAGUGGGCCAGGGGCGCCCCGAUGAAUGAGCGGCGAGUGGAUUUUCACCUGGGGGCAGUGGGAGACUGCCUGAUCGCCGUGGGUGGGAGGAACGACACCGGAGCGUUGUCCUCUGUGGAAGUUUACUGUCCCGCUGAGGAUUGCUGGUCCUACGUGGCAGGACUGCCCAGGUCCACUUACGGCCACGCUGGGACAGUCCACCGCGGUGUAGUCUACAUCUCAGGUGGUCACGACUACCAGAUCGGCCCAUACCGCCGCGACGUGCUGAGCUUCGAUCCAUCACAGGAAAGCGAGGUGUGGGUGAAGCGCCGGGCCAUGUCCCUAGCGAGGGGCUGGCACUGCAUGGCCUCCCCCAACCACCUCAUCUACGCCAUCGGGGGCAGCGACGACCACGAGGACACCACGGAGCGCUUCGACAUCCUUCAGGUGGAGUCUUACGACCCAUGCAGCGGCCAGUGGACGCGAGUGGCGCCGCUGCUGCUGCCCAACAGCGAGGCGGGGCUUGCGGUGUGGGUGGGGAGGAUCUACGUGCUCGGCGGCUACAGCUGGGAGAGCAUGGUGUUCUCCAGGGCCACUCAGGUGUACGACCCUGACGAGGGCUCAUGGUCCAGAGGACCCGAUCUGCCGAAAUGUAUCGCAGGGGCCUCGGCAUGCGUUUGCACAGUGAAGCCCUCACCAUCAUCACCCUCUUCGGAGAUGAAGAAGAUAGGACAAAGGAUGAAAGGAAGAUUACACCCCACAUAGCAGCAGUAAUGAAGGACUUUCUCUUUGUCCAAAAAUAUUUCUGAUAAAUAUUUUUAAUAGAAGAAACAUAUUUUGUUAUGUCCCUUAAAUGGGUAUCAGCAUCACAAAGGCAGAGCGGUGGCAAUAACGGUCACCACUGAAUUAACUAGAGGGUCUUUUGGUUAAGAACAUCUGAUUAGUAAGGGGGAUGGGAGAGAAAAGAAGAAUUCACUCUGCUUUCAUUUAUAAAUCUCCUGCAAGACAUAAUGUUGAGUUACACACUGCAUGCCUGAGUAUUAACACUGUAUAGACAGAUAUAUGGGCUAGGUGAAAGUGUCACAAUUAGCAUAUGAAUUCUAGAGUUAUGGCCAAAAACGUGUUGCUUGAGGUCAAAGGAACCUUUGACCACCACAUUUUAAUUAGUUUAACCUUCUGUGCUAGUGGACGUUUGUGUCAAAUAUGAAGAAAUGCCCUCCAGGCGUUCCUGAGGUAUCACAUUCACGAAAAAAUGGGACGGACGGACAUUCUGGCCACGGCUGAAGCGGUGUGGAGGCAUAAAAAUCCCAAGAGUCCCUCAUAAUCAUCAUUCUGGCUCCAAGGCUAAUCGGCUUUGCCGGACUAACAGUGAUGGAAUUGACAAAGAUACAUUGUUACCACUUCCUCUGGAGUACAGAAAUAUAUUCAUUUGAAUUAUCAUUUAUCCCUAAUUUAAACGUGAUCUCACAGAAAUACGAAACGCAAGAUUACAUUUCAGCAAAAAACAUCACAAAUGUAACUUCACCAUUACUCAACAUCUCAGGGUUAAAAGACCUGUGUUGUUGACCCAUCCACCUCAACCACUCACCGAUCAUACUACAUCACUACCUCUGACCGUUGCGUAGUCACGUAGAUUUAAUUUGCGUGUCCACCACAAAAAAAGGAUCCUGAUUGACUUUCCAUUGGCAUUGUUCCGUGGUGACACAGUGUGCCACCACCAUGUGAUGCGCUGUUAAUGGGUCAUGUCAUGUGUUUCUGUGUAUAUGAAGAGAUUUAAAGUGUAUGUACUCUGUUGGACACCAAAGCGCAAAUACAUUCAAUUAAAUGUUCCAUCCAGCAAAACUACCUUAAUUCACAUAGUAGAGUGUAUGUAAAAAAAAAGAUAAUGUAUUGUAUAUUGUAACAAAAAAAGUUUUUUUCAGAAUUAUUUGCUGGACUGUGCAUUUUUGUUGAAUUGUCUUUAAUUAAAAUGCAGAUGUUAACACAAACAUAGUUUUUCGUUCAUGACACGAAAACAUUAGAAAAUUAGGCACCCCACCUUAAGGAGCUGAUGGACGAACUGAUAUUUGUUAAGUCGCAUUCAUUGAGAUUUGAAAGAUUUGUCUUCACAUUCUAUCUUGAGUAUUAUGCAAACAAGGCACUGAUGAAUCACAGCAUGUAGUACUGAUACUGUGGGUAGACUGCAUGUAGCUGGUCUUGAGUCUCGUUGGUUGUCAUGGUAUUAGUAGAUCCAGUGUGCCUUGUCUCUCCUGACAGCCUCACACGAACGGGUAGUACGGAUGAGACUUGACUCUGAGAAGCAGAACAGUCAUCACUGUGAGAACAGUAGCACUUUGCAGAACCUUUUUGCUGUGUGUCCACUUACCCUUCAAGCAUGCAGGCCCUCCACCCUCGGUCCAGUCCUCUUAGUGCUCUCAUGUCUUCUUCAGUCAGACUGAAGUCAAAGAUCUGCACAAACAUCAAAACUAAUUUGGACAAAUGUGUUUUUACAGACAACUAUACCGAUGCUCAUCUUUUUUUGUUUUAAGUCCUAGACAAUUUUUAUUUUUUAUUUUGCAGUGCAGUGUAUAUACCAGCCGUUCUAAGGGGAAAUACACCAUGUUGUGUCGAAUGAUGAUGGCAGUAUGCAUCCUGAGAAGAGGGACUUUUUAGUAUUAUAACAUUUUGUAGGGGUUUGUUUAGCCACGCUAGCAGCAUGGUUUACACGAUCGCGGAAGGACUGGGUGCGCUAGCUAGCUAUGCUAAUUCUUGUCUCAUUUAGUGGUCUGAUAAACGGUGCGGUGUGGUCUGUAAAUCCAAGUACCAUACAAACAUAAAGACAAAAAGCCAAGAUGAGAUGUAUUCAUACUUUAUGAAACUGGUCAACAAGUCUUCUUCAAUACAGCAUGAUGUUCAUUUAGUAAAUGAUGGUCCAUUUAGA